AUGUCUCUCACUCAUCACCUCGUCAAGGAUGGAUGGUUCCACGAAAUCUCCGACACCAUGUGGCCCGGCCAGCAUUUUUCGCUCAAGGUGAAUAAGAUUCUCUAUGCACAAAAGUCGCUCUACCAAGAUGUGCUUGUCUUCGAAUCGGCCACCUACGGCAACGUGCUUGUGCUCGAUGGUGCUAUUCAGGUCACGGAGCGUGACGAGUUCUCUUACCAGGAAAUGAUCACAAACUUGGCCAUGAUGUCGCACCCGAACCCAAAGAAGGUGCUCGUCAUUGGUGGUGGUGACGGUGGUGUUUUGCGUGAGGUUGUCAAGCACGAGUGUGUCGAGUCAGCCAUCCUCUGUGACAUUGAUGCCGAUGUGCCCAAGGUUGCAAAGGAGUUCUUGCCCAAUAUGGCCACUGGUCUCACCCAUGAGAAGGCCACUGUCCACAUUGGCGACGGCUUCAAGUUCUUGGCUGAGUACCAGAACACGUUCGAUGUUAUUAUCACUGAUUCUUCUGAUCCUGAGGGUCCUGCAGAAUCGCUCUUCCAGAAGCCUUACUUCCAGCUUCUGCACGACGCACUGCGUGAGGGUGGUGUCAUCACGACGCAGGCCGAGUGCCAAUGGCUUCACCUCAAGGUGAUCAAGGACCUCAAGCAGACUUGCGAGGGUAUUUUCCCCAACGUCCGUUAUGCCUACACCACUAUUCCUACCUACCCAUCUGGCCAGAUUGGCUUCAUGGUCUGCUCCAAGGACAAGGACGCCAAGCUCAAUGUGCCUUUGCGUUCGUGGUCGCCUGAGGAGGAGGACAAGCACUGCCGAUACUACAACAAGGAGAUUCACUCUGCUGCCUUUGUGUUGCCCCAGUUCAUGAAGAAGCACCUGGAGUAG